CAGAGGGGAGAGAAAGGAAAUCGUAUUGUUCACCCGUGCAACCGCAUGAAAGUGGGACACGAGGAAAUCUGCGAGCAGCGAUAACAAUAAUAUAAUAAAUACAGCGACAUCCAGUUCUUGCAAAGCACAGCUGCACACAGGCGUCAGCAGCGAGUGCAGAUUGUUUAAUCUGUAUAGGAUCGGCGUUGGCUUCUCGAAGAUUAACAGGGACGUUACUGAUCUUUGAGUGCUGGCGGUGUCAGGAAGCAGGUCCCCAAGCCUGAUGCAGUUCCCGAAGAGCCCAUAGCACCCCCUGUCUGCAAUCUUUUGCACUCCCUGGAGUGGCGCCGCCUGUGGGAUCAUGUCAGCAGCACAGACACAGAGCGAUGGCGAUCAGCACUGGGGCUGUGGGGAGUUGGGGCUGAGCCCCCGUGAGCUUGUUCUAGCUGAGGCCCUGCAGAUGGAGUAUGAUGCCCUGUCCAGGCUGAAACAGGACCAGACUCCCCCUGGAAGGAGUGUGGGGCAAGUGGGCAAGCUACCCUUGUCGGUGCCCUCCAUCUCCACACAGACACACGGGGCUAACAAGAAACUCAACAAAACCACAGGAGGAGGAAGUGUGGCCCUGCUGAAGGGGCUCUCGGGAUCGGAUCCCGAUCUGAACCUGCACCCCCGAAUCCAGGAGAGUCUCUCCAACCCUUCGAGAGUCAAUCUCCAGCCCUGGGACACGUCAAAGGAGCCCAUCUAUAUCCUCGACCGGCCUUUUAAAGACGGGGGCUCGUCUCUGCUACUCCCCAAAGACAUGACCUCCCGUGACACCCCACCGGCCGUUCCCCCACGCCUUAUCCUCCCGGACCUCGUGGUUCCCUCAGUCCCAGCCAGGCGGAGUUCCACUCCCCGGGACAUCAACCUCUUCGCCCCUGAGACUGAGCAGCCCAAGCUGUGCUCUAGAGAGGAGGACCAGCUUUGGGACUAUCAGGAGCUCAAUGAGGCCCUUUCCCAGCUUAAUGGGGACUUCCCUCGCAGCAGGAGGAGGAGGAGUGGGGAGACUCCCGGGAAACCAGUCGCCCGCAGCAAGACCCUCCCCCCGCAGAUACCCCCCCGCACUUACCAGCCCGUCCGCCGCAACAACAAGGACAACCGGAGGAUCUCUGCAGACCCAGUGACGCUGCGUUCAAGGGUGCCUGGCUUUGGCUGUGAGCUGUUCCAGGUGUCCGAGGAGAGAGACGAGGAGGUGGCGGCUUUCUGUCACAUGCUGGAUGUGCUGCGCUCGGCUUAUUCCUACACUGACUGCAGCAAGAACCCGGGCUUCGUGUGGAGUCCAGCCGUGGCCAGAGAUGACCAACAGUACGGUCAUGGCGCGAGCAUGAAGGUGACCGUCGUGAGUGACCACCACAGAGAGCCCCUGACCUUCACCUGCGAUGGCUCAUCCACUGUGGACCUGCUUAUUUACCAGACUCUGUGCUAUGCACAUGAUAACCUUGACUGCUUUGAUGUAGACAAUUUCAUUCUCAAACCUUGCGGACUGGAGGAGUUCCUGCAGAAUAACCAGACGCUGGGCAGUCACGAGUAUAUCCAACAAUGCCGCAAGUUUGACUGGGAAAUCCGGCUAAGCCUGACAGAGAGGAGUGCUGUGUGCAGGGAGCUCGCCAGGAGGGAAGAAGAUGACAAAACUCUGUCCACAAUGAAUCACAACAUUCUGCUACAGGAGAGACCAAUCAAGCAAACUGUAACCAGGGAGGCCUUGAUGCUGCUGCUUGACACCUUCCACACUGAGGGAGAGUGCUUCCUGCUGGCUGAGGCAGACUUCCCUCCUCGUGUGGAGCGCUUGGUUCAGUCCGUAAAGGCGCUGUGCAACUCGCUGGCAGCCGUCGAGACCCCCGACAUUACCAAUGCUCUGAGUCUGCUGCCCGCCUGCCCCUGCCGCCUGCAGCCCCGGGUCCAGAAGGAUGUGGCGGUGCUGGCUCAGAGAGCGAAUCGAGAGAGGGUGGUGGAGUCUCUGACGGCUUCUAUCCUGGACCUGGUACAGCUGUACUGCGCCACCUUCAAUGCCAACUUCUACACGGCCGUCCAGAGCAGCCGACUGACCGCGCCCACGCAGGAGGCGGGGCUAAUCAGCAGCCCACUGUCCUUCAACAUCUACGCAGCGCACCGCAUCCCUGUCACAUGGGCUGCCAGUUACGAAGGUUUCCACCUGUCAUGCUCGCUGAGUCACGGAGGUGUGGAACUCUGCAGCCCUCAAUACACCAGCAAGCAGGUCGUCAGCAAGUACCUUUUCCACCUGGUGGUGUGGGACCAGAGGAUCUGCUUCCCCGUGCAAAUAAACAGGUUGCCGAGGGAGACGCAGCUGACGGUUACCCUUUACGCCAUGCCCCUGCCACCACCGGGGGGCGCUGAGGAGAAAAACAAGCAGCGGCGCAGCGCAGAAGCCUUGGGCUGGGUCACCAUGCCACUCUUCAACUUCCGACAUGUUCUGGCAUGUGGGAGGAAGCUGCUGGGACUGUGGCCUUCAACCCCAGAGAGCAGGAACACUCGAUCCAGCACCCCCAACUUCAGCCAGCCAGACAGCGUCAUCCUGCAGGUGGAUUUCCCCUCGUCCUCUUUUGAGGUGCGCUUCACCACCCCCCAGCCCGCUGAAUUCAGCCCCCAGUACGAGUUCAGCCGUCUGGACCGGGACAGCCAGAGACAGCUGCAGGACGUCCUGCACAAGAAGUCCCUUUUCUGGCUUACUCAGGAGGACAGGAAGCUGCUGUGGGAGAAGCGCUAUUUCUGCCACGCUGAAAGCGGCUGCCUACCCCUGGUGCUCGCUAGUGCCUCCAGCUGGGAGUGGGCUUGUCUGCCUGACAUCUACGCGCUGCUGAAGCAAUGGGCCUGCAUGAACCACCUGGACUCUCUGGGGCUGCUGCACGCUACGUUCCCAGAUCAGGAGCUGCGGCGCACAGCGGUCCAGUGGAUGGACUCCAUCUCGGACCCCGAGCUGCUCGACUUUUUACCCCAGUUGGUGCAGGCCCUGAAGUACGAGUGCUAUCUGGACAGCCCUCUGGUGAGAUUCCUGCUGCGGAGAGCCAUCGGGGACAUUCGCAUUGCACACUAUCUGUUCUGGCUGCUGAAGGACGCCCUCCAGGACUCCCAGUUCAGUGUGCGUUACCAGUACCUGCUGGCGGCUCUGCUGUGCUGCUCUGGGAGGGGGCUUCGAGAUGAGUUUGACCGGCAGUGCUGGUUUGUCGGCAUCCUGGCCAAGGUAGCGCAGCGUGUGCGAGAGGCCUCUCCAUCCUCCCGACAGGUGAUUCUGCGUGAGGGUUUGGACGAGGUGGGGCAGUUCUUCACAGUCAACAGCACCUGCCGCCUCCCUCUCAACCCCAGCCUGCUGGUCAAGGGCAUCAACAUCCCGGCCUGCUCCUACUUCAACUCCAACGCCGUUCCUCUGAAGCUGUCCUUCCUCAACGUGGACCCGCUGGGCGACAACAUCAACGUAAUCUUCAAGUCAGGGGAUGAUCUUCGCCAGGACAUGCUGACCCUGCAGAUGAUUCGCAUCAUGAACAAGAUCUGGGUGCAGGAGGGGCUGGACAUGAGGAUGGUCAUAUUCCGCUGCUUCUCCACUGGCCGCGGACGAGGAAUGGUGGAGAUGAUCCCGAACGCAGAGACGCUGCGGAAGAUCCAGGUGGAACACGGAGUGACUGGCUCAUUUAAGGAUCGCCCGCUGGCUGACUGGCUGCAGAAACACAACCCCAACGAGGACGAGUACGAGAAGGCUGUGGAGAACUUCAUCUACUCAUGCGCAGGCUGUUGCGUGGCCACCUACAUCCUGGGGAUCUGCGACCGGCACAAUGACAACAUCAUGCUGAAGACCAGCGGGCACAUGUUCCACAUCGACUUCGGCAAGUUCCUCGGCCACGCGCAGAUGUUCGGCAACAUCAAACGGGACCGGGCCCCCUUCGUGUUCACCUCGGACAUGGCGUACGUGAUCAACGGGGGAGACAAGCCGUCCAGCCGCUUUCACGACUUUGUGGACCUGUGCUGCGAGGCCUACAACCUGAUCCGCAAGCACACACACCUCUUCCUAAACCUGCUGGGGCUGAUGCUAUCCUGUGGUAUCCCUGAGCUGUCCGAUCUCCAGGACCUCAAGUAUGUGUACGACGCCCUGCGCCCGCACGAGUCUGAGGCAGAUGCUACCAUGUUGAUUGAGUCGAGUCUGGGCAGCGUGGCUACAAAGCUCAACUUCUUCAUCCACAACCUGGCGCAGAUGAAGUUCGCCUCCGCGGAGGAGCAGCCCGUUCUGUCCUUUGCCCCGCGGGUUCACAGCCUGAAGAGUGACGGGCUCAUCCACAACCUGUACGUGUGCCGAUACCAGAGAACGUACAGCCCCAGCAAAGGAUAUACUUACGUUGUGAAAGUGGAGCGCGACGGCCAGCAGGAGGCAGCGUUUGUGCAGCGGGGCUUUGAGGAGUUUCACGAGCUGCACAGCAAACUAAGGCUCCUCUUCCCCUCCUCCAAACUGCCCAGCUUCCCGAGCCGGUUUGUUAUCGGGCGAUCGCGCGGGGAGGCGAUGGCAGAGAGGCGCAAGGAGGAGCUGAACGGAUACGUCUGGCACCUGAUGCACGCAGCGCCCGAGGUGGCACAGUGUGACCUCGUCUACACUUUCUUCCACCCCCUCCCUCGAGAUGACAGGCAGGGAACAGUAGUCAACGCCCUGCUGCCCAAACCAGCCGAGGUAUUGUGGACGCCCCCUGCAGGUCGGGUGGUUGGGGAGGUGAAGCUCUCCAUUUCCUAUAAGAACGACAAGCUCUUUAUCAUGGUGAUGCACAUCCGUGGGCUGCAGCCCCUCCAGGACGGAACAGACCCUGACCCAUAUGUCAAGCUCUACCUCCUGCCUGACCCCCAGAAAACCAGCAAGAGGAAGACCAAGGGGGGCCGGCGCACCUGCAACCCCACCUACAAUGAGAUGCUGGUCUAUGAUGGUAUCCCACGUGGGGACUUGCAGCAGAGAGUCAUCCACCUGCGGGUGCUGAGCGAGGGGGCGUUCUGGGAGAACACGCUGCUGGGGGAGACCUUCAUCGCCCUCCGAGACCUCGACCCCAGCAACAGGAAGGUGGGCUGGUACCAGCUGGGCACGGUCGGGCACGACACAGUCCGGUAGAGAGGGAAGGGAACGGGGUGUGUGAGGGAGAGGAUCAGGAGUGAGAAUCUGUCAAAAGUAGAACACCGGACGCAGGUGGGAGAGUGUAUUUAUGUGAAGGAGAGAGAAGGGGUGGACGAAGUUUACAGCCAAGGGAUUCAGAAGACAAGGAAGAAUAUUCCCCCAGUGGGGGAGUGGAGAUGGGGUCACUGCGAUGGCUCAGACUUUCAACCUUCACAACACAAACCUUUCUGAAAGCUGGGGUAUUCUGCACAGCUCUGCUGUUUAAACUACUUUAAAUCUGGAGUUCUGAUACCUCCAGUAAUGCACCUCUCUGCACCCGGAAUCUGUCAGUUUCUGAUAUUGCACUACGUACUCCCACCCCUAAUGCAGAUUAAUCUUUACAAAACUUACUGCGGAAAGGAGAUGCAGAAGGCUUUGGAGAUUGAUGGCAUCUGCCCAUCUAUCUGUACUGUAUCCCGCGAGUUGCUUAUGACUCGGGAGACAAAACAGACGCUUGAAGAAAUAGAGGAAUCUGGUUAUUUCUUUUUAAUUCUGUUCUAUAAUUGGAGCUUGAUGUGAGCUCUUGCACGUUAUAGAGUAUAUAUGGUAAAUAUAUACUAUAUAGAAUAUGAUACAGUUUAUAAAUGUAUGUAUCUCAUGUGUGUUUUAUAGUACAACAGUAUGGAUUUUCCCUGCCCAGUCUCUCUUAAGGUGAUUCUGGAUUUGUACUGUACAUGGGGUUUGAUGCCCAGCAGCCAGUAGUUUGCGGCUAUCAGAAUACUGAAUUAUGAAUUGGGCAACCAAGUGUCUUCAUUUUGUAGCCCAACUGGCUUUUGUUGACUCGUGGAGUCUUUGUAUAGUUACCCUCCCCCUUUGUAUUUGAUUCCCCGGGAUAGUAAAGACAAGUGGAAAUAGCCACUGAUGUGCCACGGUCAAAGCCAGCAUGGUUGCAUGUUUAAAAAAAAAAAGUGUUUUAAAAAAGAAAAUCUUCAGUUAUGCUGGGCUUCAAGGUGAUGUGAAAGUGAACAUGGAGGGCGAGCAUGCUGGCAGCCUAUGCACUUCUAUUCACCUGCUAUUCUGUGUGUGUGUGGG